CUCCUCUUCUCCACCCAUCGCUCUGAAAUCCUGGUGACGGCGCGACGGCGAUGGUGGCUGCGCGACGGUGACUGCGGCGGCUCCGCCUGGAAUCGCCUCCGCCGUCGAGUCCGGCUCUCCGCAGUCCGCACCCGUGCGUCGUUCUCCCCUUCUUCUCCUCCAGGCCUCACUGCCUCACUCCUCCGGUCCUCCCUCCAUCGAUCGGGGCGGUGACCGCCUCCCUGCCUCCUUCAAGCCGUCGCCGACUCAGCCUCAAGGUGAUCCCCUCCCAGCACGGCAGCACCUGAUGUCAACCCGGACGCCUGCAACUCAGCCUCAAGGUGCUGGCGCAUCAAGCACAGCAUCGACAGCAGCACAUCAGCCAUCAGAGGUUGUUGCCAGAUCAAAAGAUCCAGCAUGGAAGUAUUGCAAGCCUGCGGACAGUAACAAGAAGAAUGUUCUUGCUUGCAUUUUCUGCGGUCAUGUGUCCACCAAUGGCACUACUCGAAUCAAGGCUCAUCUUGCUUGCGUUCCAAAUUCUAGUGUUAGUACAAGCGAGAAAGUGCCAGAAGAUGUGAAAGAGGAAAUACUUCAGUAUUUGACUCAGAAGGGUGAUAAAAGGGCAGCCAUUGUUGUGGAGCAGAAGAGGCGGAGAUGUUUGGUGGACUUGAGCCACUCAGAGGGGGAAGAACAAGGUUCAAGUGAUGAAGAGGGGUUAAAAAAUACUCCGGUGGUGCUUAAGCCAUCAAGAGCAGCAAGACAAAAAUCAAAAACCUCAAGUGGUCCUAUGGACAAGUUCUGUGAAGUAACACCCGAAGAUGUUGUAGCCGCAAGGAAGAGGAAACAAGCUGAGGAUGUCCAGUCAAAGCUCACAACUGAGAGUAGAGAGAAGAAAAGGGCUCGUGCUUGCGAGUACAUAAGCCAGUGGUUCUAUGAAGCUUGCAUUCCUUUCAAUGCAGUGACUCUUCCAAGCUUUGACCUCAUGCUGCAAUCCAUUGGACAAUAUGGCGAGGAUCUGGACGGUCCUACUCCUUAUGAAAUGGGUGGGCCAAUCUUGAAGAAGAGGAAGAGAAGAGUAGAGGAAUCUUUCAAGGCGCAUAGGCAGUGUUGGGAGCUUACUGGAUGUACAAUAAUGACUGACGCAUGGACUGACAUAAGAGGAAGAGGAGUCACGAAUCUUGUAGUUCACAGUGCAUAUGGUGUGGUCUUCCUUGAUUCUGUCGACUGUUCAGCUGUGAAGAAAGAUGGAAAAUAUAUAUUUGAACUUGUUGAUAGUUGCAUAGAGGAGAUUGGUGAGAAGCAUGUAGUUCAAGUGGUGACUGACAAUGCAAGUGUGAAUCAAGCAGCAUCAACAUUGCUGAAAGCAAAACGCCCAAAUAUAUUUUGGAAUGGUUGUGCUGCCCACUCUAUUGAUUUGACGUUAGAGGAUAUUGGCAAGCUUCCAGCAGUUGAGGCAAUAAUUACACAAGCAAGACCUGUCACAGUAUUCCUUUAUGCACACACUAGAGUUUUGUCCCUAAUGAGGGAAUUCCUUGGCAGAGAUCUGGUGAGGACGGGCAUUACAAGGUUUGCAACAGCAUACCUGAACUUGAAGAGCUUGCUGGACAACAAAAAGGAUUUGCAGAAGUUAUUUAGAUCAGAUAAGAUGGAAGAAAUGGGGUACUGCAAAAAGGUGAAAGGCCGAGAUGCAAAACGAAGUAUUCGCUCCGAUAGUUUUUGGGUAGGAGUCGAUAUUGCCGUCAAGUUCUUUGAGCCUUUGGCUAAUUUACUCCGGAGAAUGGACAGUGACAUACCAGCUAUGGGAUUCAUAUAUGGAUCCUUUUUGGAUGCAAAGAAAGAGAUUGCUGCCCGGUUUGAAAAUGAUGAGCAUGAGACUAACUUUCAGGAAGUGCUGGAUAUUGUGGAUAAAAGAUGGGACAGGAAACUAAAGGGGCCACUACAUAGAGCUGGAUAUUUCUUAAAUCCAUACUACUACUAUGAAAACAAGCUGGACAUUGAGUUAGAUGGAACAUUUAAGGAUGGGCGUGUUGCUUGCUUGGAGAAAAAGGUUUCAGAUGGUAAGAAAAUUGACACAAUUACGGAGGAGAUUCAGGCAUAUCAAGAUGAAGAAGGUUCAUUCGGAAGAGUCAGUGCUAAAAGGCAGCGGAGAAACAAAAGCUUCGACCCAGCUAAAUGGUGGUCCAACCAUGGGUCAAGCGCACCAAAUCUCAGGAUAUUGGCGAUGCGGAUUUUUAGUUUGACAUGCAGCUCCUCUGCUUGUGAGAGAAACUUUAGUGUCUUUCAGCAGGUUCACACUAAGAGACGCAAUAGGCUGCUUCAUGACAAGAUGAGAGAUCUUGUCUUUAUCAAAGCUAACUCCCAACUAGACCAAAGGAGAAUGAUGAAACAAGACAGGGAUCCUAUUGAGGACACAACUUAUGCAGAUGCUGUAGAAAAUGAGCAUAAUGAGUGGAUCACAGGCAUUGUGCCUGAAGUUGUGCAAAAUGCAGAUGAACCUGAAGAUGAACAUGUUGAAGUUCAACAAGAAGAACCAACAUCAGUGCAAACAAGAGCUCGCGGUGCUGCAUUAAAAAGAAAAAAAGUUCAGCGGCCUAGGAAGAAGAAAUUACUCCCAGUAUUCCAUGAUGAUGACCUCCAAUCUGCAACUUCUACAGAUUCGGAUGAUGAUGUCAAUUCAUCUUCUUCAUCUGAUUAAGUCACUGUAUGCGGCCAUGUUGUCUAUUUCGUAUUUUUUAAAUUGUUGUUUGUGUUCUGGACUUGUGGACUAUGUUACUUUAUGCUUCCAUGUUGAACUUCAACUUCGACUAUGUAACUAAUAAUGCACUUAUGGACUAUGUUACUUGAUGUUUGGCUGCAGAAUUCUAUA